AUGACUAAGGUCCAUUACUGCAAGGAGCCUGAGAAUAACACCAAGUCGUGCAAGGCUCGCGGCACCGACCUCCGUGUUCACUUCAAGAACACCCAUGAAACCGCACGUGCCCUGAAAGGCAUGACCAUCAAGCGCGCCAUCAGAUUCUUGGAGAAUGUCAAGGAAAAGAAGGAGAUCGUUCCUUUCCGGCGAUUCAAGCACACCGUCGGCCGCAAGGCCCAAGCUAAGACCUGGAACGUUACCCAGGGAAGAUGGCCCAUCAAAUCUGCUGAUUACCUGCUCGGUUUAUUGAGGUAAGCUUUGCAUUUUUUUGGCUUCGCUUUUAGGUGUAACCGAAUUUUAUAUUGAUUUGAAAUUUAUCACCUCUGAAUGAUUUCUGAUAGUUUCAACUUGUAAGUAAUCAUUUACUUUCAGAAACGCCGAAUCUAACGCUGAGGUCAAGGGGUUGGAUGUUGAUCAUCUCGUUGUCGAACACGUUGUUGUCCAGCGUGCCGCUAAGAUGCGCAGAAGGACUUAUAGAGCUCACGGUCGCAUCAAUCGUAAGUUUCUUCUAAAUUUGAGUUUUUGAUUUUCAUUAUGUCAAUGAUUUAAUGUUGUCAUUUUAGCCUACAUGUCAUCCCCAUGCCAUGUCGAGUUCAUCCUUUCCGAACAGAAAGACGUUGUCUCCAAGCCCACCGAUGUUGCCAUCAAGACCAAGAAGGAGUCGAAGAAAAAACAACGCCGUCAGUUGGCUCGUGGAGAAUAUUAA